GUGACAGUUACCGUUAUCAUUGUUAUCUCAGACGUCAUUCUAGGAGCACGGAAAAAGUAAAAACAUUUUGUAUUCAUAGUUUUCUAAUACUUAUUGGGACCUCCAGUUAUUCUACAUUAUAAAUUAGUGAAAGUAGUCAUAAGUGUAUACAAUAUCAAAUGCAUUAACAAGGCUAUACGAUGGGGAACUCUGGCUUAAAGCAACAUUACGAUAUUGCAUCCAAAACGGGUGUUUUGCAAAUAUCGGACCAUAAAUUAAAAGAUAUACCCGUAGAAGUACUCAGUUUGAGCGAUAUUUUGAGGAACUUAGAUUUAUCCAAAAAUAAAUUGGUACAUUUGCCUGAUGAUAUAAGCAAGCUGAAGAAUUUAAAACAACUCAAUGUCGAGUCCAACAAAUUAGAAACAUUGCCCAAAUCGAUAGCGAAUCUGAAAAAAAUUGAGUUAUUCAACGCUUCUAAUAAUGUGUUAUUGGAAUUGCCAUCGUCCUUCUCGAACUUAAGUAAUUUGAAGCAAAUCUACCUGAACAAUAACAAUUUCAAGCAGUUUCCAAUACAACUGCUGGGGCUGAAGAAUUUGGAUGUGGUCGAGCUAUCUCACAACAAGAUUACAGGGAUACCUAGUGGCAUGUCUCAAUUAUACGCAGCUGAACUGAACUUGAGUCAAAAUGAGAUAUCUUUCAUCAGUGAAGACCUCCACCAGGCACCAAGGUUAAAAAUCUUGAGAUUGGAAGAGAAUUGCUUGAGCCUUGAAGCAAUCAGGCCAAGUUUGCUGCGGGACUCUAAGAUCCACACUGUCAACUUAGACGGCAACCUUUUUGAGUCUAAGCAGCUGGCUUCUAUGGAAGGCUACAAUGAAUACAUCGAAAGAUACACUGCAAUGAAGAAAAAAAUGUUUUAAAUAUCUUAAAGUGUUUUCAGGUAGUAUCUUUGAUUUAAUGUUAGUUAAUGCUAAACAGCACAGAUUUUUUUAAUUUUUCACUUUACACAACCUGAAUUCAAUUACAUUGAUGUGCUAUUGUCGUCACUCCUCAGAUUAUAGUGUCUUUUGGCAUUUAGUUCUAUAAAGAAAAUAGAGUCACACAAAUCCGUCUCCAAAAAGCCGCCCGCCAAGAUUCAUGUUAUUUGGUGUAUGGACCAAAUAACAUGAAUCUUGGCAUGAACAUUAAGUAAUAUUGAUACUGAAGAGCACUUUUGUACUAAUAACAACGAAAAAAAUUGCUGUAAUUAGUACCAUUGUGCAUGAAUAUAGUCUUUUUACUGACCAAAUUAUUGAAGUAAGGUGACUGUGGGCAAGACCGGCAUACUUUUUUUUUUCACUUUGGAGUGAUCUAGUUCCGUUAAUUAUUCACCUAUGUUACCGCUUGUAAUCGCAUACAAUGAAGAAUUUAAUAAUUAAUAGUUUAGCUUUAGUAACAGAUCAUUUCAAACACAAAUUAAGCAAAAACAAUAGUAUUUUUUUAAAUUCGGCGAGUAGACGGACUUCCCGUGCAGUUUAAGGGAAGUCCGUCUAGUUAUGAUAUCAGCCAAUCUAUAGGUGCGUAUAUGUUCGUAGUUAAAUGGCUAAAAAGAACAAAUCAAGACAAUAAAAAGUGUACUUUAAACUUGUUAAUAUAGGGUUUAGAUUCGAAAUAAACACCAUUUUUCUAAUACAAAGGCAAGUCUUGCAAUUAUACUACGAUAAUGGGGUGGUAAACCUUUUUUGGCAAAUAAUUACACGUAAGGUGUAUUCGGGUAAUACCGAAUGUCGGAUAAUUCCGAAAUUAAGAUGAAAAUCACCCUUAAUUCCAUCAUAAUAAAAGUCUCUUUUCGGAAUUAUCCGACAGUUUUCGACAUGCGGAAUUACCCGAGUAAACCUUAAUUAUUUUUUUGAUUUCCGAAAUAAAACAUCAAUAGUAAUUUUAAAAUGAAUUUUAAUCGUUUCUUUUAAUUUACUGAGAUCAAAAUUUAAUAAAGUAACAUCAUGAGCAAAGUCAGCAGGAUUUGUUGAUACCUUAUCAAAUCAUUAUAAUAUUAAAGUGGCAAAAACAGUUGGUAAUCCUUUAUAAAUGAUUUAACGAAAGUCCGACGGACUUGCCUUGUACAUAAUAGACGGACUUUCCAACUUAGUCAAAUUUUAAUGUGAUAAAUGGUGGAACCUAUAAUUACAAAACUAAGCCACUUUCUGAUAUUUUAAACAUAGAAUAAAGACAGCUGGUUCUUAUAUGCUACCUGCGUAGUUACUUUCUGAUGCACAAUCUUUUCAAAAACUAUUUAACAAUUUUUUUUCGAAUGGCUGUCGCACUAUGACUUCGAGUUCAAAACACGAAAUGACUUGUUUAGGCGGAUUGCUCUAAGGUUGGCUGUCACAGCGCCAUCUAUUUUACAGUGACGGAACUAGCGCGAACAACUGGUUAAUCGACUCUACUCCAAAGCGGCAUACGCCUUCAAAUUCAAAAGUUAUAACUUGUAGACGGACUUGCCUUGUAGACGGACUUGCCCACAGUGACCUUAAUUAGUUUUAUUUAUUAUAUUAUAUUAUUUAUUCCUUAAAUUAGCACUAACAGACAGGCUAUACAUGUUAAUUGUACAGGAGGGUAUAAACAUAUGGUACUGAUAUUUAGAGCUGUGGUAACAUAAUGGAACUUGGAGUUGUGAUAGACUCCAAGUAACGGCUGCUAAUCUAAAGAAAUUGUGAUUCUGUGCUGUAAAACAUAUCCAGUUUGCUGUCGCUGCGUAGUAUUAGUGUGAACUAGGGUAUUGAUAUAUAUAUACAAUAUUUAUAUAUAUAUAUAUACAGGGUGGAAAGGCACGACGAUCCUUCCCGGAAGUAUUAGGUCGUUUAAGUGAUACAGAGACUAUUGGUAAUGGUAAGAAUCGUUUAUUGAGUAAAAAAUAAAAAUUGCAAAAAUACUACUUUUUAACUGUGGUGAUAACCCUAUAGCAUGUGCACAUGACGGCUAGAUUAAGGAUCUCCGUCGGGAAAGCUCGGGACUUUACACUUUUUUCCGAUCGUUGACAGUAUCGCAAUGAUGUAUGAAUGACGCAUAAAUGUCAAAUAAAUCAAAUGCAUGCAAAAAUAUUACAAACAAUUUUAUUACUUUCUUAGAUAAUUACUUUUUUCCAAUAUUUAAUACUAUCUUCUUUUCACAUACUGUGUUCAAAUGUACCUCCUUGUAUUACAACGCCGCCGCAGCCCGUACCCGAGUAUGUCGAUGCACAUGCGAUAUAGUGUAUGCUCUUCGUCAUUUAUCCUCCGCAGAAAGCACCAAUUAGCCUUUGUCUCAUUUCGUCCGCAGUUUCACAUUCCGUUUGGUUUGGUACACCAUAUCUUUUACACAGCCCCACAAAUUUAAAUAGCCACGAGCAUCUAACAUUUUUAUUUGAAGAAUAUGACAUUCAAUAAGUAUAGUUCAAUGAAAAUUUAAUUUCAAACAUCAGACGUCUUGUCUAUUUCCUACCACGCAAGAAGGUUUGUUAGUUUGGUAUUGAAGAAGUAUUUAUUCUUGAUUUAUUCUUAGUAUUUAAUUUUUGCAAGUUCAUUUGGUGCAACUAACACAACCUACUUGUUAUUUUUAAUUAUUUUAGAUAGUUUCCAAUUAUUCGAAAAUAAUUUUGUGAAACAUGUUAAGAAACUAAAACCUUUUUAUCAGUCAAGGAAACCAGAGUUAUUUAUAAGACGAUUGCGUACUUUUGAGUGGUUGUCAAUGUCACCAUUUGAACUGUCGUUGUAAACAAUGUUGUGGUUAGUAUUAUUAAUAUUAAGGAAUAACAUAACUAUUUCAUUCAAGUAUUGAACAAGUGGAACCACUAAGAAAGCGAAAAUCCUGCAAUGAUUCUUACCGUGCUGUAAGCAGACCUAAAAAUGGUUAGAUGGCAACAAAUUAGCAUAAUUUCCUGUCGAAUACUGAUUGUUUACAAGUAAGUUCAUUGACCCUGUCACCUGUUAGGGUUAGAACAAAGUAGUUUUUUGCGUGGAUGUUUAAAAGGUCAUAAUUUAGAAACGGUUGCCCAUAUUAACAUAGUUUCUAUGGAGAAAAUAUAGAGCUUAGGCUAAACUAUCUCCCAUUUCCGGAAAGGAUCGUCGUGCCUUUCCACCCUGUAUAUAUAUAUAUGUCUGGUACAAAUUUUUGUUGCUAAAAAUUGUUUGUGUAAAUAUUUUUUUUUCUUUGUAUGGUGGCGGUGGCGGCUAAGUUUGUGUGACAUUAUUUAGUGAUGUUUAUCACUAUGUAACACUUGUAACAGUGAUCUACACAUAAUAGUUAAUUAUAGAGUAAUUUAUUUAUUGUAUUAAAUGUGAUGUUUCAAGUGGA